AUGGACUUAUUUCCUCCUCUCGUCGGCAGGCAAUUGGGGUUCUACUGUCGCUUUCUAGUCCCAUGGACAUCAAACAAACCAUGCCCCACCGCCAUCACAGCCAUCGGCCUGAACGACUUCCCGGACGAGGUCCUCAUGCCUAUCAUUCACACUAUCUAUGAAGGGACUGAUAACGAAUCUCUGUUUGCCUUCUUUGCCCUACGCCAAGUCUCCCGACGACUUAGGCGAUUGACUAAAGAUGAAGCUUUUGACUCACACGUCUUCUCUGGCAUAGACUGCUGUGACCAGUGUCUCGGCCCAUCUGGGGUCUUGGCACGUAGAGAAAGUACAUUCGACUCUCUGACAGGUAUCGAUUUGAGACCCCCCGUAGCUGAUGUUCACAUCACGCGCCUUACACUCUCCCCUGUGUCCUAUAUCGAGUCUCCCCUGGCUAGAGAAAAGCACUGCUUCGGCAACAAGGCCAAGAAGAGGGGUAUCUGUUUAAUAGGGUUGGACGACUUUGUCAGAAAAGGCCAGGCCUGCUCUACCUGUCAGAAAGGGCUGGAUGUGAGAAAGAGAAACGGCGCCUCCUUGAAAUGCAAGUUCGCGCCUAGACACAAUUAUGACUGGAAGUUCUGCGAAGCAUGUCGAUUCUCUCACCCGUCGUCAUGCUUUUCAGCCGGCCAAGACGAAUGUCUUGCCAGGACAGGCUAUAUUCGGCUUUGUGAGCAUAAGGUCCUCAACUGGGAUUGUGUCCGAUACUUUUUGAACGGCCCUUAUACAAGGUCCAACAGGAGUCAAAAAGUUGAGAUCAUGAGAUGCGACGAUCCGAGUCACCAUAGUCCUUGCAGCGGUGGACUUGGAGGGCCAAAGGCCGAGACGAUCACCAUGAACUACGGAACGGGAACAAUGACUCUUCCAAUGAGUGUCAUAAAGGAAGCCAUUCAAACAGUCCGAGAGAAAGGCGGGAAGCACUUUGCACCAGAACGUCGAUUGGGAGUUCUGCCCGAAUUUAGUGGUCUCAACCUUGAAGACGUCUCCACCGAUGCCUCAUCCUAUGAUGACCCACUGGACCUUGUUCUCAUCACAAUUCCGGAGAAAGUCAUUCCUGCAUCGCGAUUCGCUACCAGCGAAGUAUACGUGUCGGCUGGGCGCAAAUGGAAGGGAGACUCCAAGAGUUGGAUCUACCGAGCCAUGAUUGGUUCCAUGCAAUAA